AUGUCAGAAGGUGAAAUUAGCAAUGCUAUCGAUAAUCCUGGAUUUUUCGAUGAGAUUUCUCCAUUUCGAAGUGAAAAUAAUAACUCAUUUACAAAUGAACAGAAUAAUAUUUCCUGUACUGUACAGUAUACUUCACAGAAUUCAGCAAACAAUUCUGCUCAGAACGAGAUAGAAUUUGUUUCGAAUAUCGAGAAGUGCACAAUGAGUGAAGAGGAGGAAACUGAUACAGUCACUGGCAAUCGUUCUAAUAGUAGCGAAGUUGAAAAGGGCAUUUGUUCAGUUUAUAAUGGCAAUAACUACGAUAGUACAGUAAUUUUCGUUGUGGAUAAUGAUGAUAAUGGACAAGUCGAAAUUGAAUCAAGUGAUAACGAUCAUGCAUCAUUAAUUCCAACGAUUGAAGAUAACAUUGAAAGCACGGAAAAAAGUCAAAAUUACGAUAGUAAGAGUGCUGAAGUUAGGAUUGAUGAGACGGAUAUCAGAGAAGCUAGAGAAAACAAGGAAGGAAAUAAUAAUGGUGAUAAUCAUAAUGGUGACCCUGGGGUCAUGAUUGAUGAUUGCGAUGAAAUCCAAAUUUUCAAAUGUGAAGAAGCAAGCAGUAGGGAAGAUAAUCAGAAUAAUUCAUCAUCAUCAUUGUAG